UGUGCAGUGUGUCUCGCACAAUCUCCGCACCACACAAUUGAAUGUGUCAUGGCCCAAACCUGGAAUAAGAAGUUCAACACUUUCUCAGAGCACAUCUGCAAAGGGCUUUGGACAAAAGAUGGGAAGCAGUUAUGCACUAGUUGGCAAAGAGAGGAAGGCUGCAACGUCCCCAGGCACAAUACACACCAUUUCUAUUCAGGCUGUGGAGCAACCAUGCAUGGUGCCCAAAAAUGCCCUAGAGCUGAGAGA